UCUCUCCUUACUUCUUCCUCUCUGCUCGUAGUAUUUUAGAGGCGAUCAUAGUGCAAAGGGUUAAACUCAUAUGUAUUCUUGCAUGAAACGCGCCAUACCUGCUUGCGUUGCGUACGAUAAUUUAUAAUACUGCUACUUAUUCUAUUUCAUCAUGUCUCAUUACGAAGAAGUAAAGGUCCAUGGUUAUGAUGAAUUCUGCAAAGCAGUGUCUGAGAGGAAAGGAAAGGACAUAUUCGCAUAUUUCUCUGGUGAUAAAGACGCUCAAGGGAUGAGUUGGUGUCCAGAUUGUGUGAAAGCUGAGCCAGUUGUUAGAGGAGAGAUGUCCCACCUUCCCGAGGGCUCUGUCUUCAUCUACUGUCAGGUUGGAGAGAGGCCAUAUUGGAAGGAUCCCAAUAAUAAGUUCAAGAAGACUCUGAAGCUCAGUGGAGUUCCUACUCUGAUCCGAUAUGGCACGCCUCAGAAGCUGGUUGAAGAGGAGUGCUUCAAAGCUGACCUGGUGAGGAUGAUGUUCACCGAGGACUAGAGGACCACAGAGGACUACACUCGCCCUACACUUGGUCAUCUUCCAUUUCCCACUGUCCUGUCUCUUUCCUGAGAUCCAGCCCCAGCCCAGGCACUUUUUGACUACACUAGAUUGAAUAGGAAUGAUUGUUUCUUUGGAAUUCAAAUACACUCGCCUCUCCCUCUCACUGCGAGGCAGUGUUAAUCAGUGAAUGUGUUGCUAUUCUUAUAUGGAAAUAAAAAACAACUAUAACAUAACCAGAGGCCUUGGUAGAGCUAGCUGACUGAUUUUAUAAUUUGAUGUUUAAUGUAGUAAAUUAAAUAGAAGAGUUAUCAUAACAUAGCCCACUUUUGACAAAUAUCUUAGAUUCCCCUAAGUGGUAGGCAGCCUACUCCUAGAAUGUGAUGUGCCAGACAAAUUGUGUCAAAUGAAUUGAAUCUCAUCAAUUGAGGAUUCUUAUUCCUUACUUAUGGCAGAAAUCUAUAGGGUGAAAAUAUCAACUGAAACAUUACCUGUUAUACUGUGAUUGGCGUGUUGUUGUGUAGAACUUAGUCAAGUGAAAUAAAUGAUGGUUGGAUGAUAAAAUAAAUAUGUGUAAAAUA